AUCACCCUCUCCCUCUGAGCUUCCAUUGAAGCUUUCUGCUGCAAAUCGUAAUCCCGGGAAUGCUCAACUCUAACAAGUAACAACCCUCAAAUGUUUUAUGUUACAUCCCUUCUUUUGAAAUCCCAUUUUAUAUAAACAGUGGACCAUACCGUUCCCUCUGCUAACCACUCUUUUCCUACCCUUUCUCUCUCUUCAUUUUACUUGAGAGCAUGCCUGAAUGUCCAGAGAAAGGGAGAGAUUUGAUGAGAUAGGAAAGAAGAUCAAGAGAGAAGCAGAUGUUUCAUCUAAUUACCAGAUGGGAAGAAGGCAUAUGUUGGGUCCUCCUGGAACCCUGAACACCAUUACACCAUGCGCGGCUUGCAAGCUCUUGAGGCGUAGGUGUGCUCAAGAAUGCCCUUUUUCUCCAUAUUUCUCCCCCCACGAGCCCCAAAAGUUCGCUUGCGUUCACAAAGUCUUCGGUGCCAGCAACGUCUCAAAGAUGCUAAUGGAAGUACCGGAGAGCCAACGCUCCGACGCGGCGAACAGUCUUGUUUACGAGGCGAAUGUGAGACUAAGAGAUCCGGUUUAUGGUUGCAUGGGUGCUAUUUCAUCUCUGCAGCAGCAAAUUCAAUCUUUACAAGCUGAACUGAAUGCAGUAAGGGCUGAGAUAAUAAAAUACAAGUGUAGGGAAGCUAACCUUAUACCACCACCUUCCUCCCAUGUACCCAUGCUCUCACCUGGAGCUGUUUCAGUGGCUGCACCGCCACCGAGCACCACUCAGCCGCCGCCUCCGCCGUCACCUCGUCCUAUUCCUGCUGCUACGGCCGUUACUACUUGUUCCAUAUACACUCAACACACCGCUGCUGUAGACUAUAGCACCAUUUCAAAUGAUAAUGUUUCCUACUUUGGGUAAAAA